AUGUCAAAAUUAUUAGUGACACUAUUUCUCCGGUUAUAUUUACUAAAUUUAGUAUAUUGUUCAACGACCGAAGUGACAUUAAGCCAAUUUGUUGAUGUUUUAUUAAAAAUACGCGAUGAAGAUAGAAUAAUGAUACCGUAUAAUGAAAGUAUAUUUCAUCCUUAUAAUGGACCAUAUUUUUUACCAUUAUGGAAAUUAAAUGCACCAUAUAAAUAUUAUUCACAAUAUGGUUUCCCUGAUCCACAGAAAACACUUUCACCAGUGUUGAAUAUUGAAUUUCAAAAGAAUGAUGUACUAAAUAUUGAAGAAUCAUCUUCACAAUCUACAAAGUACAUCUUAUCAGAAACUUUCACCCUAUUCGAUUUAUUAUAUAAAACUUUAACAAAAUUUGCUAAUGACAAUGAAACAGAGGAUGAUAAUCAAAUAUCUGAAGAAGUAAAUAUCACAACCAUCACCAUCACCGCCACCACUGCGACUAGUGAUACUGUCAUCACUGAAGGUAAAGGUGACGCUGUCUCUAAAGGAACCGCUGAGAAAGUUAACAAAGAAGCAGGAGCAGCAGCAGAAGGAAAACAGUCAAAUCAAACAGCAAAUGUACCCAGGAUGAAUAAUACUCUUCUACCCAAACUACCGAUCAAUAAUAAUACUAAUUCUAGUAGUAGUAAAAAUAUUAUGGCUACUAGUAUCACUACCAAUACUACUACCACUAAUAGUACUAAUAAUAAUAGUACUAAUAUUACUCUGCCUAGUCUAUCCAUUAAUAGCAGUAAUACGAAUAUUACUAUCAAUAAUAAUAGUAAUAAUAAUACUAACAAUACAACAAAUAUUACUUUAUCUGACCAACCUAAAAAGAAGAAACGCAGAAAGAUAUUAGUACCUACGAAUGAAGACGUCGAUGAAUCAUCAUCUAAUGUUAUAUUAGGUGAACGGCUUCAACCAAGAAUGUUUCUUCCAUUAUUUAUUGAUAUUUAUAGAAUAUUUAAGGCUAUCAGAGCAAGCUGUAAAGAAAAUUGUACAGAUUAUUUUCCAAAUUAUGAAUAUGUUUUAUGGAUGUAUAAUUGGGUGAUCUGUACAAAAAUUGGUCCAACCCCAUUAAAUGAUGUCGAUGGAAUCUGCCCGAAAAUUUGUCGUCCACGUAAAGAUAUUACACUGAAAGAAAAUUAUAUCACAGAGUUAAUUAAUUUAACCUUUAAACCAAUCGCGCUAACAAUGGAUCCAUUCGAUGUUUGUUCACAGUUAGUUAAUACAGUAUCCGGGACAUGUUUAACAUAUGGAAGUGGUGUAGGCGCUGAAGAAUUCACAUGCCAGUGUAAAUCUCAUGCUUAUGAAUGGCAGACUGUCGAUUCAUUAACUGGCUGUCUACUGAUUCCACAGAUCAUGAAUAGCUCACAGAAUGCACACAGUAAAACAUGGAAUAUUGAAUGUAAUGAAGAUAUGAAACAAUUCUGUAAAAAUAGCACAGAUAAAUGUUAUUAUCGUUUAAGAUUAAUGGAUGAUAUUGACGUUAGUGAAUCUACUGACUCUAAUAAAAGCAACAGUAAUGACACUACUACUACUACUACUAACACUACUGAGAGUAGUAAUAAUAACACCUAUGUUAAUAGUACUUCUGUUAAUACUACCCGAUUAAAGUUAACCUCAAAUGUUGAUAUAUCACCUUGGCCACAUUGUCAAUGUACUAAAUACUUUACUGGUAUCGACUGUUCCGAGUCAGUUCAACCUUGUAAAGAGAUUUUAUCGAAUGCUUUGAAGAAACCACAACUACUUAUGCAUAGUCAAGUUGUUAAAGAUGAUAUUGACCGGCCGAUAAUAACAACAGUAUCAUAUGAUAAUAAUGAAUAUCAGAAGUCAGCCUCAGGUGAUUGGUUGUGUGGUGUUGAUUUUCAAUAUGGCAGUUGUAUUCCUAUUGGUCAAACAUAUCAAUGUCAAUGUAAUCCUGGUUAUACCAAAGAUCCAGACUACAGUGAUUUUGAUAAUUGUUGGAAAGAAACUCAUCAAGAGGUUGCAAUUGAAAUUGGCGGUCAUAUCAUAACAAAAUGUGGUCAAGGUGCAUGUGUAAACGAAUGGCAUUCAUGGAGUAGUUGUACACCGAAAUGUGGACAAACACGUUAUCAAUAUCGUUUACGUUCAUGUGAUAGUGAUAUUGGAUGUCGAGGAAGCGCUAAACAAUCUCAACGUUGUCCACCACUGGAAUGUCCUGAAAUCGCGUCAACUAAACGUACUGAUGUCUCAAUUCAAUAUGAGGAAAUUCAUCAUCAUCAUCAACAGCAUUAUGAUGACGAUAAUUAUAAUCAUAUAUUAAAUUCAAGUUAUCUUUCAGCUUGGUUUUUAGGCUUUCUAAUACCUGUAGAAAUUAUAUUGAUUAUAUUCGGUGUUAUAUUAUUAGAAAAGUGUAUCCUUAAGAGAUCGUCAUCUUCACACUAA